ACCUGUCGGACGCCUGAUCUCGUCUUAGCCCUGAGGAGCACAGCAGAAAGGGGAUCUCACUGUGCCAGGCAGUGGCCAGCAUAUGCCAAAUGGUGGCUGUCCUCCAGAGGGUGUUAUUGAAUACAGAACAACCCAUAUUUAUGGCACAUACUAGCAAUGAACCUACCAAUAUUAUGGUUGGUUUUGUAGGGGUUGGUGCAGGACUCAGAUCUCAAGCCUAACUGGCAGGAGUACCUCCCAUUCUGGGUCUCAGCCUUCUUAUUUUAGAAUGCUAGCAUGUAUGAGACCCUGGGUUCAAUCCCUAGCACCCCACAAAAAAGAAAAAGAAUGGACAAUUUCAUAGGUCCCUUUGCACAAAUCCUCCAAGAUUAUAAUAUUGGGAGCCCUGACUGGGCAUGGAGAGCAAAGGAGUCUAGCAAUCUGCCCUUGUCAGGGGGACCUCUGAAAUUAAAACUACCAUUCUUCUCAUCUUGUGUUCUCUGCUUCCAUUUCCAAAGCCUAAGCUGUCCCCAUACUUCCCCAGCCAAACUGCCCCUCUACCUUGACACUGUCCCCUAUAAACUAUCUUCCACCUCACCCAGUUCUACCCACAGGUACAACUUGUAUAUGUUAGUCAGCUUUGUGUCACUGUGACAAAAUACUGGAGGAAAAAAAUUACAGGAGGCAAAAUUUAUUUUGGUUCAUGGUUUUAGAGGUUUUAGUUCUUAAUUGUGGGCGUGUGGUAAGGCAGAGGAAGCAUGUGGCAGAAUAAAGAUACUUACCUGACAGCAGCCAGGAAGCAGAGAGAGAAGAAACAGCUGGGGACAAGCUAUCGUCCCCAAAGGCACAUCCCAAAGCACUGGCUCUCUUCAACUAGAUCACACCACCGAUAAUUCCUUCAUCUCCCGAUAAUGCCAUCAAGUCACAAAUCCAACAAUGGAUAAAUACAUUGAUGAGGUUAAAGCCCUCGUGAUCCAAUCACUUCUCCAAAUUUCCACCUCUGAACAUUGCUGCACUGGGGACCAGGACUUUGACAUAAGUCUUUGACAAAAGUCUUCAUAUUCAGACCAUGACACUGUAUCUCUGGAACUGCCACUCAAAAGCCAGCAGAUGUCCCCACAUCUUCAGCCCUUCCUGGAAGGUUUUGCAUCCCCAGCCUCUUCCUCUGACUCUGAGCUUGCUCACAGCUGGGGAGCUGUGGGAAAGGGCUCUUUACUCUCCACUACUUCUCCACCAUUAUGUCCCCGCCUUCUUGUAAAUCCCCUGUUGUGGUGGCCUCUUUCUCUCCCUUGCUCCCACCUCUUGACCUCCAGAUCACACAGUCCGAUUCAUCUAAAACUCGUGCCUGGUUCAGUCACCCCUUCUCCUCCAGAGCUGCCAUCCUCAUAGGAAAAUCCCUCUCCACCUCCAAUUCUUAAAGACAUUUCUGGCAUAUAAAUGAAAAGAUGAAUGGCCCUCUAACUCAGACGUCUUGCCUUCUGACCACUGCAUUCCAUCUUGGUCUCUUUGUCUCAUUCCCAACUGACCUAGCCAUCGAGGGUUGCCACAGCAAAAUAUCAUAAGACAUUUCCUUAAAACCAGAAAUUUAUUUUCUCAAAGUUCUAGAUGCUAGAAGUCCAAAAUCAGGGUGCAGCAUGAUUAGGUUCUGGUGGGGGCCCCCUUCCUGGCUUGCAGAUGGCCACCUUCUCUCUAUGCCCUCACACAGACUUUCCUGGGUGCAUGUGCAAGGAAAGGAAUUUUUCUCUCUUUUUUUAUGAGGCCACUAAUUUCAUCUGGAGGAUCCCACUCUUAUCUAUGACCUUAUCUAACCUUAAUUAACUCCCCAUGGUCCCAUCUCCAAAUACAAGAACAUUGGGGGUUAGGGUUUUGAUAUGUGAAUUUGGAAGCAGGGGAAGAUACAAGCAUUCUUCCUAUAACACUAUCUUUGGUUUCAUUGGGGCCCUCUGGUCUGCUGACCCUUUGCUUUCUCCCUACCUCUCUCUGUCCUCUCUACUCAGAUGAGAGAAUGGAGCCAACCUUUUAAUUUCUAUCGAGAGAGAGCAUUUCCAUCUCUGGCCCUACACUUUAGUUCUUUUACCCUGUGGUUGUUUCCCACUAGCAAAACCACAGCAGCAUAUAAGCUCAAUUAUCUGCCUGCUCUUUCUCUGCACCCCCGACCACUGGUCAUUGCUAGAGAGUCACAUGCUGGCCAAGUCUAUUUUCCAUGGAUUCAUGGUUGCCAGCCUCAACCAGAUCUGUAAGGGCCCAGGACCCCUAGCUAGCUUGCUUUCCAUCUCCAAUGGCCAUUUCUAACCUCCACUGGGUGUGCUUCCCAUCCUCCACUUCCUCACUGAAAGCACCUUCUCCUCCUUUUAGAAAUAGGGAGCCACCAUGUGGCCAUUCCCUAGACUGCCCACCACCUAAUCUUUCACCUGCCGCUCAAUGUUCCCUGCUGCUGCAUGAAGGGAACCAUCGUGCACAGAGAUGGCAGUGACACCACUAAGGGCAAGGCCCUUUCCUCUGCUCCCCCCUCCAACCCCCCUCCCAGACCUGGGAGCUGCUGAAGGCAGGGCCUUUUCCUUAUCAGUCUCUCUUCUCUAUGACCCCCCAUCUUAGGCAAGGGGUCUGGGCAAUCAGGCGAGUUUGUGGGGACCUCUGAAUUGAAUUUGCUUUUGCCCCCAACUUUCCUUUGAGGUGAGAGAUUUCAGCUCCUGAAGUUUCUCCUGAUCCCACUGGUCUGAUGAGUCAUUGGCUCUCAAUCAAGCCAGGAUCACCACUGGCCAGAGAGUCCAGGCCACUUGCCUACAGAGGGGCCUGGGACAGGCCUUGACAGUCAUCUGUAUUGGGACUGGGAAAUGUCUAGCUUCCAAGUUCCCAGGACAUGGCCAGGGUCUUCCUGGUGCUGACCUUUCCCCUGCAGGUGGAAGUGGUGGCCUCCCCAGUGCCUGGUUGCUUCCCUCCUCAGAGAUUUCAGCAAUGAGGACCAUCAGUCCUGAGCAUUCAGCCCAGGGUGACCAAAUUGUUAUCCACAUCACAACACUUUUGAGAGGGAAAGCAGCAAGAUGGAUGACAAUACCAGCCCAAGAAGGAUAUGCAGAAAGAGAAGCCCUAUUGCAACACCAGCUGGAUCCUGGCAUUGGACCCCAACCUCUCAGAGGCUGAGCAAAUGAACCUGACCCUGCCCCGAGCACACAAUGGCAGUUUCCUGACAUGUCUUAUGUACUUGCCCGUGUCCUGGGAUCUGGAGUCCAUCAUUCAGUUUGGCCUCAACAUCACAGACCCAUGCGAAGAUGGAUGGAUCUACCCUGAGUCCAAGAGGCGAUCAUUGAUCAGUGAGUUUGACCUGGUGUGUGGCAAGGAACUGGACAAGGAAACCGUGCAGACCAUGUUCAUGACGGGCCAACUGAUAGGGUCUCUCAUCUUCGGGUUAUUAAGUGACAAGUUGGGCCGCUACCCUACCAUCCUACUGUCACUGCUGGGGCUGAUGUUCUUUGGCUUCGGGACAGCCUUUGUGAACAGCUUUCACCAGUACCUGUUCUUCCGCUUUGGUGUCUCCCAGGCUGUGAUGGGCUAUGCCAUUGUCAGCCUGACUUUAGUCACUGAGUGGCUUGUGGGGGAACACCGGGCCCAUGCCGUCAUCCUGGAGCACUGCUUUUUCUCUGUGGGGAUCAUGUUCCUGACGGGGCUCGCCUACAACCUUCCCCACUGGCGGAUGCUGUUUCUGGUGGGCGCGGUACCCGUGUUCCCCCUCAUCUCCUACAUUUGGAUUCUCCCAGAGUCCCCACGGUGGCUGAUGAUGAAAGGAAAGGUGAAAGAGGCCAAGGAGGUGUUGUGCUACGCCGCUGAGGUCAACAAGAAGACCAUUCCUCUCAACCUGCUGGAAGAGCUGCAGCUGCCUGGAAAGAAGGUGACUAAGGCCUCUGUCCUAGACUUCUACAGCAAUAGAUACCUCUGUAAGGUGACCUUGGUGAUGGGCUGCGUGUGGCUUACCAUCAGUUACAGCUAUUUUACACUGAGUCUCAAGUUGAGAGAUUUUGGAGUGAGCAUCCACUUCAGACAGGCGAUCCCUGGUAUCUUGGAGGUGCCCGCCCGGCUGUGCAGCAUCGUUCUCCUUGAACAGAUGGGGAGGAAAUGGAGCCUGGCUGUGAUUCUCAUCCAAACCGCCUUCAUGUGCUUUCUUAUGCUUUUCCUCCCCCAAGGUCUAAAAUCCGCCAUAAUCUUGGUGCUUGUGCUUGGACAGUUCAGCCUGGCCACCAGUGUCUCUGUGGUCUUCCUCUACACUGCUGAGCUCUUCCCCACCAUCGUCAGGUCUACAGGUCUGGGGCUGGUGUCUCUGGCCUCAUCAGGUGGAGCCAUCUUGUCCCUGAUGAUCAUCAGCCAGCUCCCAGCCCUCCUGCCCAUUUUUCUCUGCUUCAUCUCCUCUAUCGCAGCCUUGUGUUUUUCCGCCCUGCUGCCGGAAACACAAAACCAGCUCCUCUCUGACAGUAUGGAGCAAUUUUCAAGAGCAAGCUUACAGAAAGAUUCCCUUCAGCAUUCUGACAGCAGUUUCAAGAAGAGGAGGAACGAUGAGGACACACCUGAUGAUAUGUCUGAGGAAGUGGCAAAGAAUACCAUUCACAAUGCCCAGAUUCUGAGAAUGGACUCAAACUAUUACUCCAACGCUAGCUUGAAGAAAUCCAGAGAAGAGAAAACAGACAGUCAGGUUUCCUGAGGGCCAGGCCCCAGACUAUCUCGGGUUGGAAAUGAGUGGCUGGGUAUGAGACUGUGGUUUCCAGGCCAUGAAUUCCAGGCCCAGCCCAGUGGGAGGGGGCAGGAUCAGUCUUGCUCUGAGGCCAGCCCUUGAGAUAAAAAAAAUGGCCCCUUCUAGGGGAGCUUGGCUGUGAUUCAUUCCAAUAAAGGUACCAUGUUGGUCUUGAGAUGGCUAGGUCCAAGUUGGCUAUAUCAGAGAACCCAGAAGCCCUGGCCUAGAGAAAGGGGUUAGAUAGGCUCCUCAGAUUCCUGAGUGUGUCUUUGGCUAAACUCAGGGACAGUGAAGCGCUCUCUAGAUGGUGUGGGGGGUAGGGUGGGCAAUGUCUCUGUGUGCUAGAGGUAGAGCAAGGGUGAGACUGACUGUGCCUCUGUAUCAACCAAUCCUUCUGCCUCGACAUCUGUCAGUGUACUUGGCUCCUAGCUCAAAUGCAAGGUGAGAAUAGGCACUUCAUGCAGGGGCAGAAUGGAGAGGAAUGAUGAGAACUUCUCCCAUUUGUCCCAUUACACAGGGCUUUCUCAUUUGUUUUCCUUUGAUAUUUUCAAAUCUCAGUCCUCAUCCUGGAGAAUGCCUUCCUAGGGGUUCCAGUCUAUCUGAUCUCUGAGAUAAGCCCCACACCCUAGGUCAUAGUCCCAACAGCCCUGGGUGAAUCUUCCCUCCACAGCCAGCAUGGGGCUAGACAAGUUGGGACCAGCACUUCUCAUUCAUUAGCCAGACUGGAAAGCCCUAGAGUCAGGCUCUGACACCAUCUUUCCCUGGGCAAGGAAGUUCCUGAGGUCAGUACCUGAAUCAUCUCCUCCACUCUUGCCCAGUUUGUUGGAAGAUUAUGAACUUGUAAGGAGUAUCUCUGAUCUAAUUCCUAAGGAGCUUCUGAGGAGGAGGAUAGAAAAGCCUAUCUGUUCUCAUGGAGCCAGGAUAGCGAGACCCUGGGAUCUCACACAUUACUCUUACCAUACAGGUGUCUUAGUGUAACAUUGACAAUUAAAUGCCAAAAUUCUAUGAAAUUAGAUAUCAUUAAUAAAUUAUCUCUCCCACAAAUCUGACAUUUUUCUGAUACACUAAAUAGUAUGAAACAUGUCAGCAAGGGUCUCCCUGUGUGCAAAGACAGGUAAGUAAUGCUAGAACUUGUGAUGGUACAUGCAGAUACCUGUGAACUCUGGGACUCUCAUUUCUUUGGUCACUGAUUACUAGCUAUGUGAAAUUCUCAUCUCAUCUUCAUCUUUCAAUGGCUUAUAUAUUUCCACCACUAAGAGACCAAGCCCCCUUAUCCUAUGAUAUUCCCCACCCCUGACAUGGGAUGCUGCUCAUAAUUUACCAGAGCAUAUGAGCCUGUGGUGUGAGGGAUUGUACAUGGUGAGUGUGAAGGAGCUCAGGACUGGACUAGGCCCCCAGAACAUGGGCAGAAAACUCAGUCUCAUGAAAGCAAGCCCCAAACCCAGCAACAAGUAUAAAAACCUGGGAAUCCUGCUAAAGUCUUGGUGGAAGCAAACACUAAAUGAAUUCAAAGCAUAGUUGCCACAACAAUGCAAACCUCUAGGGUUUUCUAGGGAAGACAAACUUCAAUGAAAAGAAACUUGUAAGUAAAAAUUACUGAGCAUGUGAAGAAACAAAAGGAUAUAAGUGCAGAAUCAAUAAAUGGAGGGUUGCCAUCAAUGAAUAAGUAGUGAUGGAGCUCCCUGAAGAGUACACGGCAUGGGUUCAGAAUGUUCAGAGAUGAAAAAAUGUAACUCCUCAGACACAAACUUAAAAACUGACAGCUAUAAAUUGUAGAAAUGAACAAUAUAGUGACUGAAGUGGAAAGCAACAAAGAAGUGAAAUUAGAAUAGACGCCACGUUUGUUUGAAUAUUCUUUGUGGAUUGAUUCUUUUAUCAUGAAAUAUUUCUGUUUCUAUUAAUGCUUUUUGCCAUAAACACUCCUUUACUUGAUACUCUUUUGCACCCAUCUUUUAAACUUUUAAAUUAAAGAAUAAUAUACAAUAUACAAAAAGGUUUGGGGAGAAGAUGGCGGCGAGGGGAGUGCAUUGCCCCCGUGUGCUGCUUCACUGUGUGGGAGUAUGACAAGUCAGGACGGCUAAAGGAUAUUUUGUUAGGAAUUUCCAGCAAUAGUGGGGUGCUCCGGAACCUGGAGGAAGGAUUUCCAUCGCACAAGGAUCGGCUACGGGGACUCAAACGCGAGAGGUUUGUCGCACGGAGGGUAACACUGCUUAUUCAGCAAAUCGCCCCGCGGCUAGAGUCUGCAGCGUGCGCUGGG